GUUUCCCGUCAGAAACAAUAAUGGGGGCUGAACGCGGUCGGAUGGCGCCAGCUCAAACAAGGCUAAGUCAUGCGGGGACCAUUGGGCAGCACCAGCGGCGCGAUGCUGCUCGUCAAAUUGUGCUGACGGCACGUCUGCGACUUCGUCGCCUGUUGGCUACCGAGUCGCACUCCUCUCUGUUUCGUACUGUCUGCAAAGCGGCUGUCACCGCGUCUCAGUUUGCCGCCGCUGUUGUCGCGUCCACCGGUCUUUUUAUUGUUGGCAUGCUCUCCGUGCUCGCCCGCCGCGUUCUCGCCUAGUCGUUUCAAGCCUUCCGCCCGAUCGACCGCUCACGGUGCCUGGUUUGUGAAGCAGCAAGACAGACGUGGCUCUCUCUUGGAUCCCUUAAGGGUUUUCAUCUUUUAUAAGGGCAAGAGUCGUUGUGUUGCUCUCGCACACGUGUCGGACUCGGCGCUCCCAAGAAAGAAGGGCUGUCGCAUUGUUUUCUGGAGAGCUACACCCGCCCUCGCAGGCACUGUGACUAGCUCUUAGCUCAGAAAGCGACGCGCCUGAGCUCAUACUUGGACGAGAUGGCACACACAAGCGAUGACUCGGACGUUGACAGCGACGAGAUUACCAUGGGCGGCUAUACAGAUCUUCCACCUGAACAACGCCCCGGAUACAAACCUCCGAAGAAUCCCAAUGCACCCGCCUACACGACCACCCCCUACCCUCAGUGGGGACACAAUGCCCCCUCGGCUACGUCGUAUACAGCGGUGCCUACCCGCAAUGCACCCACGGGCUCUGGAGGGGGGGUCAAGUUCUCCGAGCUCAAGGGCGGCUUCACGUACACGGCGAAGCCAGUGGUGAAGCCGAAGAAGCAACCGACCAUGGCAGACAUGCCCGUGCCUCCUCCACAAUUCCCAGGCUAUGGAGCACCGAGCACUGCCCAGAUGCCUUUGCCUCCUCCUCCGCCCAUGCCUGCUCCUCCAGGAGGCUUCGAUGCAAUUCCACCUCCACCCAUGCCUGGGCCUCCGCCUAGAGGACGAGCGUUGUCGGAUCUGCCUCCACCCCCGCCAAUGCCCAUGCCCAUGCCGCCUUCAGGAUCCAGAGGCUACGAUGAACUACCUCCUCCCCCAGGCGCCUCGCAAAUUCCCAAAGGAGCGGUGAUCAAAGAGGUCACGCCUGGCGGCAUGAAGCCGCCCUCCCCACCCAAAGGUGGAUUACGUCCCCACAGCGCAAGCUUUGGCGGCGGCGGUGGGAGACCCAAUCUUCGAGCGCCUUCCCCCAGCGGUCUUGGAAGCAGAAUGAACAGGCUAUCCGUUAGCGGAGAUAGGCCUGACAUACACAACGUCAUGGCCGGUGGCCGACCGCCAGGCAGCCCCCUCCUCGAGGCUUACCGCGGUACCUAUCAGCAGAUGUCGCCUAUGCCUUCUCCUCUCAUGAUGGGUAGACGGUAUGAAGAUGACGACAUUGACGAUCUGGAGCCCCUGGAUCGACGCAGCUCACAUCGAGACGGCGGCAGACGAGGCUCCUCACCAAAGAAAAAGCCCAAAAAGUCAAUCACCAUCUACAACGAGCAAGCCGAGGAGGAGGCCCGUGCCAUCGCGCAAGAGCUGUCCAGUUCAAAGCCCAACUUGGAAGUGCUGAUUGACAUCCUACCGGUACUCUCGCACGACCAGAUCUUGGAGCUGCGCACGGAGUACAAGCGCGUGUGCAAGAUCCAGGGCCUGGGAAUCAACAUUGCCAAGCACAUAAAACUCAAGCUCCACGGCAACUUCUGCAAGAUCUGCUACGUGACCGCCCUGGGGCGGUGGGAGUCCGAGGGCUACUGGGCCAACUUCUGGUACCAGUCAAACUCCUCGCGGCGUGAGCUGCUUAUCGAAUCGUUGAUGGGCAGAUCCAACGCCGAGAUCCGCCUCAUCAAAGACGCGUUCAAGGAUAAGCGAUACAACGAUGACUUGGUACGAUGCAUGGACAAGGAGCUAAAGGCGGAUAAGUUCCGGAUGGCCAUCUUGAAAGCUCUGGAUGAGCAGCGGCAGGAGGAAAACGAGCAGUGGUCUAUCGAGUAUCGUAACAGGGACGUGGAUGAUCUGUACAAAGCGUUGCAUCGUAGGGAGGGUGGCGAAUCGGCCAUUCUGGACAUCGUGAUCACACGGAGCGACGCCCACCUCAAGGAGGUGCUGAAGACGUACGAGAGAAAGUACGGGAAAAACUUCGCCAAGGAGGCCCUGCGGAAGAGCGGCAACCUUGUGGGUGAAGUCGUCGCGCACAUCCUCAACGGCGUCAUCAACCGGCCAGCGCGCGACGCCAUGCUCCUGCACCACGCGCUCCAGGACCUAGCGCCCACAGAGUCUCCACGCAGCUCGCGCGCGGACGUGAACCCGCGCUCGUCCAGGUCGGACGUCAGGGACCCGCCUAGGAAGGACCGCUACGAGCUGCUCAUCUCCCGUCUCGUGCGGCUGCACUGGGACCGAAUGCACUUCAUGCGCGUCAAGCUGGAGUACAGGGACAAGUACGGGCACUACGUCGAGGAAGACAUCGAGGACUACGUGAGGGGGGAGGACUUCAAGGAGUUUUGUCUUGUCAUGUGCGAAAGCGCAAAGUGAUUUUUGUGGCACAAGUCGCGCAAAACAUGCGGGUUACUUGCUGUCUUUUCUCAGUUUCGCGUUCAGUAGCAAAAAUAUAUACCCCCAUCUAUGUUUCCGGUCUUAACGCCUUGCACUCUUCAUCGACAGGGUUUUUGAUGCAAACUUUAGACUUUUUUUCUCCUCUCAAGGGAGAAAGGAAAUUUCAGGUUUCAUAUCAGGCACUUAUCACUGCUCAAACUCAAAUCUCAAAUCUCGGCUCACCUUCGGCAACCCUAUCUCUCUUCUUUUGAAAUGAGAAACGCCGACUGGGUCGGCCAGGGCAUGGCUCUUUUUGUUUGUUUUCCAGGAUGGGGAUAGAAGAUUGAGAUGCAAUAACUAGCCGGGUUUCUGGACGCUCGCCUUCGGAAGGCGAACUAGCGGACCGUAGGUCUUUGUACGUAUCGAG